UGGCUAUCAGUGUCUUCCUUACAUUUUCACGUGAAAUACAACAUGCAGUAUUUUAGGAUCACACAUAGUCAAAUGCUCUUACGGUUCCUAACUAUGGCUUGCUGAUCAGUGUCAAUUAAUUUCGAAAAAGCGAAUCGGAUGGCUCGCCAAAAGGAACCGUCUCUGUACACGGUAAAGGCAGUCCUCAUACUGGACAACGAUGGCGAGAGACUGUAUGCAAAGUACUAUGAUGAGACCUACCCAACAGUGAAAGAGCAGAAAGCCUUUGAGAAGAACAUAUUCAACAAAACGCACCGCACCGACAGUGAAAUUGCCUUGCUAGAGGGCCUAACCGUUGUCUAUAAGAGCAACAUUGACCUCUACUUCUAUGUGAUCGGCAGCUCGCACGAGAACGAGUUAAUGUUAAUGUCUGUGCUAAACUGCCUGUUUGACUCGCUGAGCCAGAUGUUGAGGAAGAACGUAGAGAAGAGAGCCCUGCUGGAGAAUAUGGAGGGGCUGUUCCUGGCCGUGGAUGAGAUCGUGGACGGAGGAGUGAUCCUGGAGAGCGAUCCCCAGCAGGUGGUCCACCGCGUGGCCCUCAGGGGGGAUGACGUGCCUUUGACGGAGCAGACGGUCACCCAGGUGCUUCAGUCCGCAAAGGAGCAGAUCAAGUGGUCCCUGCUGCGGUAGAACUGGACCUCGAUGGCUUCCAAGGGGCAUCAUCAAAAAAAAAAGUGUUUGCCUUUUCCACUCCCAUCCAGUGAUUGGCCCAUCCCUCCCCCACCCCCCAUCCAGUGAUUGGCCCAUUCCCUCUCGGUUCUAAUUCCUCCCAUCACUGCACUGAAUGCUCUGGUUGUUCACCCAAUCAGAAUCACCACGAGACCUCGUUGUGGUUUGUUUUACUUCUUUGUGUGUUCUCUUGUCUUCUUAAACUCUUCAUUCCUGUUGGCGGAGAGGAUCAGGGAGCACAAGUUUGUGCGUGUUGCUGGGUAAUCUGUGGAAGGCUGUUGGAACAGUUAUGUGAAAUAAACCUCCUCUCACAUGGUUAGGACCAGACCACUGUCUCCACUAGUGGCGUUAUUAUGGCUUCACACAUUUGCAGGAACUGCGACCAAACAAAAGAUUGUCUCUCCUCAGCAAAAGGCAACGAUAGGUUAAUGCCUGUGAAUUGCUGAUAGCAUUUUGUUUCUCCAGCUAUUUUUGCUGUAAUUAAUCCUCAUUUUCCCAUUACCAGGUGUCAGUAAUUGACUGGUGUGAGCCAAUCAAAAGACGUUUUCCUCCACAAAGCAAGUUAGGAAUAAUGCAUUGACCAGCACACUCAUUUUUGAGUUCAUGACACCUCUCUCCCUUUGCUGCGGAUGGUCUAGAACAAUUCAACAAGAGACCGGGGGUCUCACAGCUUGAGCUGAAAAAGUGUUCGUUUUUUUUUGGCAGACUAACCUGUACACGUUGAUCAAUUCCAAUCAGUGUAUGCAGAGCAGGUGUUCACAAAUCAUGUUAUCGUGAGGAUCAAGCUGUUGUGAUUGGGAAGAGGCAUUCUGUUAUUCAGCAGUGCUGACUGCAGUAACCGAGGACUCUGUUUACCUGGGUCAAUAAGCUUUUCUGCAUUCAACACGCUUGCUAAUACCUGGUAGACUUGGGCAGGCUGUUGUUGUGCAGGGGGAUGGAUGCUGUGUCAUCUGUGAAGUGUGAAAUUACCCCCUGAACACAGCCUUGUUUCUGCAACAGUUUAUCAAAAUGGUGCUUCACCUCACCCUCAGGCAUCACCAUUGAGUUUUGGUGCCUUCAUUCAAAAUGCCUUCAGCCAAAAUCCAUAUAAAAUGAGUUAGCUAGCCCAUAACAUUUGUGCUGCCAGCCAGCCCAUCCUGUUACGGCAGUGGCCAGUGCACGGAUGGGCAUUGGGCACCACUGUCUGGUUUUUGAAUUGGGGGCCUUUCCAUUGGCCAGCAGCCUUGCUGGGUGAUGCAGUUGGCACCAUUGUUGUCACUCAGAACAGGGAGAGUUUCAGUCAGCCUGGACAAUGGCAUCUCAUCGUGUGUUACUGACCCCUUUGAACGAUGAGGCACUCUGCAGUCCUCAGCACAUGAAGUGCGUUCCUCCGCCUCGUGCGUCUCUUCAAGCCUGAUUUGUAGACUACGAUGUGAUCAGAAGCGGUUACAAGUCUUUAAGUAGAGCCCAUGCUCGUCUACGCCGUCUCAAAAUUGAUAACAGGGCGUGCUGAUGAGGAACACAGCAAAGGAGAAUUUGAAGAGAAGCAAAAUUCUGUUCGUUGUUAAUGUUCAGUUGUAGCAAAGAUCAAUGUGUGUCCAUGAGCAGUCAUGUGACUUCACGGUCAGGCCAUGUUGUUGUUGCCUUGCAUGGUGUCUGCAUUCUGCACAUAGUAUUGUACAUUGUGCCAGUCCCAUCUGGAAUAGCCUUUAGCCCCCAGAGGUAAAAAUAUAACCCCAGAUAUCACACAAAGUUCUUUCCACUUCACGUCGCACCCAUUGGCUUCCUGGUUUAGCAUGUACGUGUUGCAUCUGCCUCCAUGACAUUCCCGGUUGCUCUGCCCAAAACACUAGUCUGCUCUUUGCUGUGUUACCCAAGAUGUGACAAAAAAAUGCUGUUCAGAUAUGAAUAAAACCAUGUUCUUUGACGAG